AUGGACUCCGGUCGCUUGCCUCAUGGCGAUCAUGAUCGGUCGGCGUUGAACCUUCCUAUUAUUUCCAACAAUUUCACUAGAUCUUCCCCAGCGAAGUCGUCAAAAUUUGAAGUCCCUACUGGUGAUGAGAAAAACCCUAGUGGUAUCGAUAAGACAGUCAUGGUGGAGGAGGGUGUUCCCACCAGCGCGAAAGAGGCUCCAAUCUCCUCUUCAGGGAAGACAAAUACUAUGAAUUAUGCUGCUGCUUUAGGUCCACGGGUAAGAAAACCGGAUCUUCCUGCUCAUAGAUUUCAGGCCCUUCACACCUCUUCCUCAGGAGGCAUCGAUACUUUGAAGAUUCCCUCUGAUUUCUUACAACAACGUGUUAUGGAAUUUAAGUUUGCUCUCAUAGGGAGAUUGAUGUUACGUAAAGGUUCGAAACCUAGGCUUACACAAGAUCUAAAGGCUGAAUUACAAAAAUUUUGGAAUACUUCUCAAGAAUGGCAGUUGAUACCGAUGGGAAAAGGGUUCUUUACCCUAAAAUUUAGUUCGAUGGCUGACAAAAAGGUGGCUAAGGAGAAGCUAAAUCUUGAUAUAUCUAACGGUUGUCUGCGUCUCAGGGAAUGGGUUCCGAAAUUUGACCCCUAUAAAGAGUGCUCUUUAUUGGCUCAAGUUUGGGUGCGCAUUUACUAUUUGCCUAUUGAAUUGUGGCAUCCGGAAGUGAUAGCGGCUGUUGGACGUUACUUGGGAAAUCCGAUCCGCAUUGAUGGCGGUUCGGCGGACAGGGAUGUGGGUCACUAUGCUCGGGCCUUAAUUGAAAUUGAUCUCGCCUUACCCCUUCGAGAAUCCUUAAUGAUUGAUGAGGAUAAUAGCUCCAUCUAUAUUGAGUUCAGUUAUGAGUCGUUGCCUACGUUUUGCAAUCACUGCAAAAUAGUUGGUCAUACACCAGAUAAAUGCAGAAAACUUAAGCAGAGGGAAGAUCUUAAGAACAAGAAAAAGAUGGGAGAAACGAGUUUGGGUGACAAAGAUGGAGGCUUGACCCAAGAUAGGCAACAGUCUACAGUUGACACCUCGAAGAAGUGCUCAGAGGGAGAUAGUGCGGCUCGGGUUGCCGCGACUGAGACUUCUAGGAGCAAGGAGCAGACUGAUAUUCCUAACAAGGUUGCUACUGGCAACUCUUUCCUGGCUCUUUCGGAUACUGAACAGACGGGUCCGGAUUUGCUUGAACAGAUCUUGGUGGACACAUCGGAGACGAAGCAUGACAACAUCAUUAACAUUGAUCCUGAUCAAGAUGGGCAACAAUCUGAUACCCUCAGACUGAAAGGUGGGAUGUCCCAGGAUCACAAUUCUGAUCUCAAGGUUCUUGCGCUUGAGAAUGCUGUGAAGAUUCAAAAAUUGGAGGCCUACAUUCAAGAGCAGGAGGUCAACAAGAGACGUGGAAGGCCUUCGGGUUCGAGAAGAGGAGGAAAAACUCUUCAUACGCCUGCAGCUGACUCUAUUAAGAACAGACUCAGAAAAUCCACAGAAUUGGGACAUAAGGUUCAGAACUUUGUCAUUGAAGAGCCAGAGAGUGCGAGUAUACGCACGAUGCAUAACUUGGCAGCUAAAAGCUGGGCGGCGGAAAUGGAGCUGGAGGAAACUCCAUCUCCAGAGUUUUGA